AUGAGCGACAAACAUGAAAAACACACGAAGCCGAUAGUAUCUGUGAUAUCUGGUGGCAUUGCUGGUGGUGUAGAAGCAUCAGUCACUUAUCCCUUCGAAUUUGCCAAAACAAGAGCUCAACUACAUGUUCGGAAAGCAGGAGUACCAUACCCGAGAAAUCCGUUCGCAGUCGUCGGUCAGGUGUAUAGUCAGGAAGGGCUUCGCGCGUUGUAUAAAGGAUGUGGAGCGUUAGUUGUUGGAUCUGUCGGCAAAGACGCCGUCCGCUUCUUAUCCUUCGACCAAGUCAAAAAUGCAUUCAAGGAUCCAGAAACUGGCACCUUGUCGCCCGUGCGGAACAUGCUCGCCGGUAUGGCUGCUGGAGUCGUUGCUAGUGCGACAGCUGUCACUCCAACAGAAAGAAUAAAGACUGCUUUGAUCGACGAUGCCCGGGGACCCAAGCAGUUCACAUCAACGCUUCAUGCUAUCAAGACGAUCUUGACCGAAGAUGGCUUCAAAGGUCUAUAUCGAGGAUUUGCAGGAACGACAUUAAAGCAAGCAUCAGCCACGAGUUUUCGCAUGGGUACUUACAACAUCUUGAAAGACUACGAGAAGACCCAUCACAUCGAGCAGAACACAGCUGCGAACUUUGCCAACGGUGCAAUUGCUGGUACCACUACGACGCUGGCGACACAACCUUUUGAUGUUAUCAAGACGAGAUCACAGACGGCAAAGGCAACGACUACCAGGGAAGCCAUUGCGGGGAUAUGGAAGGAUGAUGGUAUUCGUGCUUUUUGGAGAGGUACUGUUAUGAGAUUGGGUCGUACUGUGCUGGCUGGUGGAGUUUUGUUCACGACAGCAGAGGCUGUUGCAAAGAUCAUAAAUCCAAUUCUAGACCCGUAG